AUGGUUGAUUUAGAAUUAAAGAAGUCUCUUCCACUUGAUAAAUCAUACUAUAGAAUAAUUGAAGAAUUAAAUACAUGGCAUACAAAUAUUAUAAAACAACUUAAUGAAAUGCAUGAUAAUAUAUUUUUUGAUAUGAAAAGAACAUUUGAUGAUGUUCAUUAUUUUGCUUCAUUUACAAAUGAACUUUUAAUUGAACAAGAAAAUCAACUUAAAAAAGCAAAAUCCCAUGAAGAAAUUGAUAUUAUUCAAGAACGAAUUAAUCAACUCGUAUCAGAAGUUCAAUUUUUACAAUUAUUAUCAUUUCAUUUAAAUUAUGAUUCAGUUAAAUUCAAUGGUAAACUUCGAAUAAAUUAUAAUAAUAAUGAAAUAAAAUCAAAUUCAUCAUUAAUAACAACAACAUUUCCUUGUCUUUAUAAUACAUCCCAAACAAUAUUUGAUUCAUCGGAAUUUUCAACAAAUAAUAAACAAUUAAUUUCAUCCUAUACAAAAUAUCGUUUUCUUAUUUCACGAAUUGAUGCUAUUGAAUUAAAAAAAAAUUUUUCUUCCAUUUUUCAUUUAACUUCUUAUAAUAAUGAAUUAAUAAAUGAUUGUAUUUUAACAUUUAAUGUAUUUAAUCUUGAUUCAUUUCUUAAUGCAUUUACAUUCUAUUGGAAUUUAUUUUCAAAUAAAAAUGAAAUACGUAUGCUUAUAAUACAAAAUAAUAUAUUAUUUUUAAUGAAUAAAUUAAAUGAAAUAUCUUAUUCACUUAUAAAACGUUUUCAAUUAGAUGAAAUAAAAAUUUUUUCAAAUUUAUGUCCAAAAUCUGAUGAAAAAAUUUUAUUAAUUAAAGGAAAACAACGUAAUCUUAUGAAAGAUUGUAUUAAAGAAAUUUAUUUUAAUAUUGAAGAAAAUAAUAAAAAUCAAUAUAUAAAACAAAAUAUUAAAUUAUAUAAUCCAGCUAAUUUAUCAAAAGAUGAUAUUAAUGAAAUAAUCUUAUCAAAUUUAGAUUAUGGAGGUUUCAUACCUAAUCAAACUAGAUUAACGACUGCACAUCAUUCUCAAAUGCAUAUAACUGAAGAUGAAGAAAGUGAUGACGAUGAUGAUGAGGAUGAUGAUGAUGAGUUAUGGGAUGAAAAUGAUGAAUGGUGGAAUUUUCAAAAUACUCGAGAUAAUAAUACAGACAUUGUUCAACGUGAAAUGACUAUUAGUAAUAAAUAUGCUGAUGUUGUUAUAGGCGUUAAUACAUCAUAUAUUGAUCGAAUAAAACAGAAAACUGGAGCAAAUAUUUCUAUUAAUGACGAAACAAAUGAUCUUAAACGAACAAUAAUUAUGAAAGGUACUCGUGAACAAGUUGAUCGAGCUUAUGCAUGUAUUGAUAAUCUUAUUGAAAGACAUAUAAAUGAUAAAUUAUCCAUGCAUCCAAAAUAUUUACAUAGAGAACGUAAAGAAAAAUAA